AUGGCAGAAUUUGCCCCUCCAGUCCGCCGCGGCGACUUCGUUUACUCCUCCGUCCUCUACGCAGACCCUGGCGGGAAUCACCACACGCGCGCCAGUGUCGCUGAGCUUACGGCUCUCCUCCGUCCGGAAGCACCCAAUCUAUACAACAAGGGUAAAACGCCCGAAGUCGCGACAUCAGUAAAGGAUCAAGUGUGGCAUUUCUAUGCUGCCCAGCUCAUUCACUAUGGUUUGCCGGUCACAAAGGACAAGAACGCGGCGAAAGUGCGACUCCUGAAUGCCAUGAAACAAUUCAAGCUUGAGGUACCAGCGUGGAUUUUGGAGGUGGAGAGCGAACUAAAAGCCGAGUGGGAGGCAGAGAAUAGGAAAUUAAAGAAGGGUGCCAGUUUGGCGACCAAGUCUAGCACUGUCGGCAGUUCAAGUAUGGGCAGUUCUCACGGUGUAACUGGUGGGGUCAACGUCUCUGUCAACCUAACCUUGAAUUCCGGAGGAUCACCAUACAGCCAGUAUAUGUACACACAACGGGCUAGCCAAAACACCCCAGACAAGUCAUCACGAAUUAAGCGUAAGCGCGCGGACAGCAAUGUAUCCAGUCCGGUAGCGACGCCACAGAAAGUAGCAAGAGUCAAGAAAGAACCCACAACAAAGCGAUCUGUCUCCACCGUCAAGAAAGAGAGCCGCGUCUCAACACCGUCAUCAACCCCUUCACGAUCUCGCGUCAAGCAAGAGCAGUAUGAUCUAACGCCGAUGCGCUCCUCUCCAUACAUCAAGUCCGACCCACACCAGAACCACUAUCAACCCGAGCCUUCACUACUCCUCAGCGGUACUUACUCCAUCGAUUGUGCCAGUGCUAGCUCCGUUUUCGACGACUGUAACCUCGACCUCACGCUCGCUUGCGAUUCCUCCUGUGGCUUAUGGUGGGCAACAUUUCGCUGGGGCGCUUGGGACGGUAUCAUCCAGAUGAACCCAGGUCCAAGUGACUCCAAUAGCCUAGGUCUACCUUGUUCACUGGGAUGGCGUCUUCGUGAUCUAAACACCGGCAAGCUGACGUUUGGUCGUAAGUGCACUGGUACGAUGACGUUCUUCAGGGAUGGUAUGGUGGAUGGUUGUCUCUAUGAGGUGCCGGGUGUUGGCGAUUUGGUUUUCGAGGGCACCAGGAUGGCUGGUGGUAACUUGGAGGAUGAUUUGAAGGAGGAGUGGGAUGGCUUUGUUACCGAGGCUUAUCGCCGUUGAGCUC